UAUGACAUAGAGAGUUGUUUCCUUCCCACUCUAUCUCGAAUUAAAGAGGGGCGGUGGGGAAUGGUGAUGGAUGAGAUUGAGAUUGAGAGUGAGAGUGGCGAUGAGCCUCUGACGCCGGCGGGGAGGCUGUUCCUGCAGCCAGAAAUGAACCAAAUAAUACACUGCGUAAUAGGGAUGAAGAACCCUCCGGACAUCGAGUCAAUCAAAUCAGAAAUCAAGAACUCAAGUAUGCUAAAACAUCCAAGGUUCACAAGUCUCAUGGUACGCGACCAUCGAGGCGUUGAGCACUGGAGACCCAUCAAGAUCGACAUCGACCACCACCUCCGUAUCAUCAAACAACCACUCUCCGACGUCGACGAUGAAUCCGCCAUCAACGACUACUUGGCCGAUUUAUCAACAACAGAUACUUGCUCUGGUCUUGGCCUUGGCCUUAGCAUGGAUAAGCCCUUGUGGGAAAUCCAUAUUCUGAUUGCCCACAAGUGCGUCAUCUUUCGAAUCCACCAUUCCCUCGGUGAUGGGAUUUCCUUGAUGUCCAUGCUCCUCGCCAGCUGCAGGAAGGUCAACGAUCCAGAGGCCUUGCCCUCCAUACCUGUGACGACUGGGACUCGGAUUCCGAGGAAUUUUUGGAAUUUUCUCGUUACGGUGUGGUUCUGUUUGAUCUUUGCCAUCGAGCUUAUCCUGAGGUGUUUGUGGAUUCGUGACCGCAAAUCGCCCAUGACCGGCGGCGCUGGUGUUGAGCUCUGGCCCAGGAAGAUGGCUACUGCCACCUUUUCCUUGGAACACAUGAAGACCGUCAAGAGGGCUGUUCAUAACGCGACCGUAAAUGACGUUCUGUUUGCAGUUAUAUCAUCUGGGAUAUCAAGAUACCUGGACUUCCGAGCACCUAAUGAGCUGCGAAACGGUGCUCAGUUAACAGGGAUAGCUAUGGUUAAUUUAAGAAAGCAGCCAGGAUUGCAGGAAAUAUCCAAUUUGAUGACAAGCAAUUCAGGAGCAAGGUGGGGUAACAAAUUUGGUAUGAUUCUCCUGCCUAUAUAUUAUCACAGAAGCGAUAGUUCAGAUUCUCUAGAAUAUUUGAAGAGAACUAAAGCAAUGAUUGACAGAAAGAAACAAUCUUUGGAGGCCCAUUUCUCAUACAAAGUUGGAGAUUUCGUAAUGUCAACUCUUGGUCCAAAGUUUGCUAGCUUGCUGAACUACCGGAUACUCUGUAACACUACCUUUACAAUCUCAAAUGUGAUUGGCCCACAAGAGGAGAUUAUGAUUGGAGGCAAUCCAAUAACGUUCUUAAGGGCAAAUAAUUCUGCCUUGCCUCAUGCACUCAUUUUGAAUAUGGUGAGCUAUGCUGGAAGGGCAGACAUGCAAGUUCAGGUGGCCAAGGACAUCAUUCCCGAUCCUGAGUUUCUUGCGAAGUGCUUUGAAGAUGCAUUGCUUGAAAUGAAGGAGCAAGUUACAGCAAAACUCUGACAUUUGGAGAUAUUUUUUUGGUGAAUGUUGAAAUACAUAUGAUCACCGGCAAAGAAUCCCUUACAUUAUGAUAAUGUUAAGCAUUAAAUGUUUACUUUCUCAAAUGUUAUAAAGGGACUGAUUUGUGAUCCAUCCAUCUCACUCUUUGCGUUGAUAGCUUAUAUGACCUAUAAAAGAAAUUUACGCACAAGUUCAAUGGAUUUGUAGUCUAGUGUAUGUCAGUCUUACAUUUAGCUCAUCUAAUGAUUGUAGUGACUACUGACUAGUGUGCCAUGAUGCUAGUCGUUUGUGCUUAUUCAAUGGUCCUUUAACAACAAUCAUUUA